AUGUCUCCGCAAGCCCAGGUGCUCCCUGUGCUACCGGAGCAAAGCCCUGCCAUUACCAUACCACCGCCCACAACCCUUAGAUGCGAUCCCAAGCACAACCGCCUUCGGCAAAGGGUCGCACGGGAUACCUACACCUCGCCCGUCAAUCAGAACGGGAGCUUCGAGUCGGAUCGUGUGGUGAAAAGCGGCCACGUUCAAAAGCGUACGCAGAAGACCAAGGCUUGGAAACCCGUCUACCUAGUCCUACGACCGAAUGCACUAUUCAUCUACAAAACAGAAAAGGAGGACAAAUUGAGGCACAAAAUCAACCUGUCUGAUCUCACGGCGGUCGCGUUACUCAAAGAUCCGAAGCAUAGGAGAAAACAUGUAUUCGGGUGCUUCUCUCCAGCGAGAAACUAUCAUUUCCAAGCGAACAAUGAAGACGACGCCCACGACUGGGUCGAACUAAUAAGGGGCCACGCCCGCAUCGACGAGGAAGAAGAGGAGCUCCUUCUAGCCAGCCCUACCGGACAGCACUCGUCAUAUUUACCCCCAAUACCUGGCGCCGGAAACCCGACGGUUGUGGCAUCGCGGGAAAGAUUUUUUUCCAGCUCCCCGGAGCCUUUCGAUCUUCAAACUUCUCAACUCGCACCCGGGGAGUUACGCAGGCCGCCAACGAUGCUGGAAACGGCGGGCUAUUCUGGUAACGAACUAGGAUCACACUCCGACCUGUCGGACACAGAUGUCCAUCGCAUGCGGGGAAUGUCGAUAGAAGAUCUCGCAGUGCAGCAUCCAGCGACAGGCUCAGGCUCAGGCUCGGGUUCGGGAUCUGGCACACUCGGCGCCAGUUCAACGAGCAAACCGAUGCUGGGCCAGCGAAAUUCAAGUCAAGCGAGCGGCCUGCAUACCGAACAUGACCCGGACCGCGUCAUCUGGCACGGCUGGCUGUGGCUCCUGCGGAACAAGGGCGGUGUAAGGCAGUGGAAACGACAGUGGGCGGUGUUGCGGCCUCGGAAUUUCAUCCUGUACAAGGACGAGUCGGAGUACACGGCGCAGUUUAUCAGGCCCAUGUCGAGCAUCGUGGACGUCGUGGACGUCGACCCCAUCAGCAGGACCAAGAUCAACUGCCUGCAACUCAUCACGGAAGAAAAGAGCUACCGGUUCUGCGCCCCCGACGAGGAAUCGCUGGUCCAUUGUCUGGGUGCCUUCAAAAGCCUUCUUGCCAAGAGGCGCGAACUCGAAGCUCGGGCUGCCGCAGGAAACAACUCGACACCUGCUGUGUGA